AUGAGCAUCCUGCUGCCCAACAUGGCGGAGUUCGACACCAUCUCGGAACUGGAGGAGGAGGAGGAAGAAGAAGCGGCAACGUCGUCGUCGUCGCCGUCGUCGUCGUCCUCGGUUUCGGGGCCUGACGAUGACGAGGAAGAAGAAGAGGAGGAAGAAGAAGAGGAGGAGGAGGAAGAAGAAGAGGAGGAGGUGGAGGAGACGCCGCCCCCGCCGCGGGUAGUGAGCGAGGAGCAUCUGCGGAGAUAUGCCCCUGACCCUGUAUUGGUGCGGGGCGCCGGCCACAUCACUGUGUUUGGCUUGAGCAACAAGUUUGAUACUGAAUUUCCCUCAGUUCUAACAGGGAAGGUGGCCCCGGAAGAAUUUAAGACCAGCAUUGGCCGCGUGAAUGCAUGUUUGAAAAAGGCUCUCCCAGUCAAUGUGAAAUGGCUGCUGUGUGGUUGUCUCUGCUGCUGUUGCACACUGGGUUGCAGCCUGUGGCCUGUUAUUUGUCUCAACAAAAGAACCAGAAGAUCAAUUCAGAAGCUGUUAGAAUGGGAAAAUAAUAGAUUAUAUCACAAGCUUGCUUUGCACUGGAAGUUGACUAAAAGGAAAUGUGAAACUAGCAAUAUGAUGGAGUAUGUGAUACUAAUAGAAUUCUUACCAAAAUAUCCCAUAUUCCGACCUGACUGAGGAAUUUUAUUCAGUCACUUCUGUAUUCUGUCAUUUCCUACCCUUAGUGCCUUGUAGAUGAUUUUGGAAUGAAGAUGGUCUCCUUUGCUGUGUUAAAUUUAUUCUUUAUAAUGGUAGAAUAUUCUCCUCACAUUUUCAUUUGUGUUGUUUUAAUAAGAAAUCUUGCACAUCUUUUUGUUGUUGUUAAAUGAGGCUUGUGUUUUGCACUGUCGAUUUUUAAAUAAAUACACACACAUACAUAUAUGUGUAUAUAUAUAUAGUUGCCACUAAAAAUAAAACAUCAGUGCUGGUGUUUAAAAAACAAAAACAUGUUCUGAGCAUGCUGCCUUAUAAUUUUCAUACUCACUGUUUCUAAAUAUGCAUCAUUUUUCUAAGCUACUUAAUGCUCUAUAAUCUCUUACUGGACAUACGUAAAUAAGCUUUUGGUAGCUUUUAGAAAUGGUUUUACUCUUACCUGCUUUUAAAGGACAUGUAAUUAAUAGCACUGGUUUUGUCCUGCACUUUGCUAAAUUAUCACUUAUGUUAGUGGAUAAAAUAUUUAGACUCCUAAAGACUUGUAAAUAUUGUCUCUGCAUAAUGUAAAAUGUGAUAUGCCAUGGUUUACAGAAUGUAAUGUUACUCAAUGUAUUGCCAACAAUUUUGCAUAGAUUUUAAUAUGAAUGAAGUUUGCAAGCGUCUGUUUGAAUGUAUAGACUAUUAACAUGCUAUUUUAUGGCAAAGCCAUAACAAGUAUGUUAAAAAUUUCAGGUGUGGGCAGGGUUGCCCUUUGUAAUAAGUGGAUCAAAAUGAAAUCAUUGUCUGAGAUUAUAGUCUACAUUGCACCUGAAACCAAGAACCUUAUUUUUUCUCCAUUUAAUUCAAUAAAUCCCAUUUUUCCUCC